CGCCUCUGUCUACUUGUCUCUCUGUUCCCUUCCACCCAUGUGCUUAUCCAGCACCUUCCCCGUCCUUGUUCAUUUGCCCUCUCUUCACUUGUCUCCUUGUAUUUUCCUCCGCCCUUUUCGACCGCCCACCUUCCUUCUCCACCUCCAUCCUUCCUCCCGUUUCCUCCAUGCCCCGCUCUGUAUGUCGACAACUUCAUUGCGUCCACCUCGCGUGGUAGUCCCAUGAAGUCAAGCCAGCAACCCAGGCGCAGACACGAUGCAUUCGCUCUUGACGUGAUAGUCUCGCUGUUGUUUAUUGGGUUCAACGCAGAGUCUGGCGAUAAUUCGCACUCUACGGAACUUCGUCGGAACUCACGACCUUUCUGGAAUUACAGAUUGUCUUUUACUGUCGGACACAACGGCAUUGAUAGUACUGUCGGAACCAUCGACCUCUCUGGAAUCUCGGAUUGUCAUGUCCUGCCGGAACCAUCGGCCACUUUGGGAUUCACAGAGUGUUACAUCUUCAGAAGUUUGUAUUCAACUACUUACUUUCUGGCGGGUCAUCGCGCUUCCAUGCCGAGCACCGCACCAUGGCCUCAGGGUCUCCAGACAUUCAACUGCCAUUACUAA